AUGGAAAACAUAGGAACUUACACUAUUGGACCUGAAAUAGGUAAGGGCUCCUUUGCUACUGUCUAUAAGUGUAUUGACAACAAGACGCAUAAGGCGGUUGCAAUCAAAUCAGUUGUUCGUUCGAAGUUGAAGUCCAAGAAGCUCAUAGAAAAUUUGGAAAUCGAAAUAUCUAUCUUAAAGAGUAUGAAACACCCUCAUAUUGUUGGGCUACUAGACUAUAAGCAAACAUCUUCCCAUUUUCACAUUGUCAUGGACUACUGUUCUAUGGGUGAUCUUUCAUACUUUAUUAGAAAGAGAAACCAAUUAAUCAAGACUCAUCCUGUUAUUUCGUCACUUUUAGAGAGAUAUCCUUCUCCAGAGGGUUCUCAUGGUUUAAAUGAAACCUUGGUAAUCCAUUUUCUAAAACAAUUAUCAUCCGCUCUCCAAUUCUUGAGAGACAAAAGCUUGGUACACAGAGACAUUAAACCACAAAAUCUUUUGUUGUGCCCCCCAAUGCAUUCAAAGCAGGAAUUUCAAGAUGGAAACUAUGUUGGUCUAUGGGAACUUCCAGUUUUGAAGAUAGCAGAUUUUGGAUUCGCUAGAUUUUUGCCUUCUACUUCAAUGGCAGAAACAUUAUGUGGAUCUCCAUUGUAUAUGGCACCUGAAAUCCUUAGGUACGAAAAGUACAACGCCAAGGCAGACUUGUGGUCCGUUGGAGCGGUUCUCUAUGAGAUGACUGUAGGAAAACCUCCAUUUAAGGCCGGCAAUCAUAUUGAAUUAUUGAAGAAUAUCGAGAGGGCGAACGACAGAAUCAAGUUUCCAUCCGCAGCACAGGUGCCAGAAAUUUUGAAAACUUUGAUAAGAGCUCUUUUGAAAUAUAACCCAACUGAAAGGAUAUCUUUCAAUGAGUUUUUUAAUGAUGCGAUGAUUACAUCCGAUUUGUCGGGCAACGAUCAACCAUUAGAGACCUCUAGUAUGGACGAAAACUUAUUUAUCAGUGAGUACAUUUCUCCAAUUAAUCCCUCACAAAGGUCGCAAUAUAUACAACCGAUUGCAGCGGCCAUAUCAAAGGCAUCAGAAUCAAUUACAAAUCCUGCAAGUGACAAGAAACGUGUUUCUUCAUCUUCUAGUUUUCAAAGAGAUGAGGAGAUAAAGCAAAUUAUCAAUGAAAAUAGCCCGGGCCCGGAAGCAUUGUCACAUUCUAUUCAAGCCAAUAACACGGCGAGAAAUGAUAAACUUCUUACGAGAAGAAACAACGACGAUUUUAUUUUGGAGAAGGACUACGUAGUCGUCGAGAAAAGAGCAAUCGAAGUAAAUGCCAUAGCUGAUGAACUCGCCCAUGCUGGAAGUGGAGCUGUUGCAAUAAAUCCUCGUAAGGGUGGUACCGCAACGGCAGAUCACAAUAAGACCAGAUACCGGAGAGCAUCUCUGAAUGGCAGCCAAAGAAGACCUAGCUUUGCAGAAAGAAGAAUUUCUAUUUCUAUUUCUCCACUUAGCAAGGCUAUUGGCCUAGCUUCGAACAGAUUAUGGGGCGUUUCAAAUGUUGAAUCUAGCAAUAUAUCUACGGGUAUCACCGCAUCAGACGAUGCAGAGCUAAACUUACCUACUUCAACGACUGUUUCCAAUGCAACGUUUGCUGUAAAUGCUUCCGAUCGCCAGAAAUUAUCGGUUGACGAUGAAGUAUUGCGUAGACUAGAGUCCCUUGCAACAAAAGCACACGCUGUUAACUUGUUUGCGGAUGUAAAAUUUAGUCAGUUGAUACCCAGUCCUCCUUCUUCUGAUGGAUUGGAUGAUGACCUCCUCCAUCAGAAUGAUAUGCUACCACCAAAGAUAAUAAAAUCAAUUAGUGAAGAGGGAGUGGCAUUGUAUGUGAAAACGCUUUCUUUGUUGGCGAAGGGAAUGGCCAUAGCUAGCGAAUGGUGGUAUAGUCAGAAUGAGCAGGGAGACAGCACUGAAGAAAGCAUUAGAAAGUCUUGUGAUUUGCAAACUUCUGUUAGAAUCAAUGAAUUGGUACAAUGGAUUAGGGAGAAAUUUAAUGAGAGUUUAGAAAAAGCUGAAUUUAUCAAGCUUAGGUUGGAAGAAGCCAAUACAACCAUAUUUAAGGAGGAGGAGGAUCAGAGUAUGACACCGAAUUGUUCCACAAUUACCAAUGGAAAUAUUGCUGGCAGCAGGGUUAUUGCAGAGAAAUUAAUUUUUGAUCGAGCUUUGGAAAUGUCCAGAAAUGCAGCCGUAAAUGAGUUGGUGAAAGAGGAUUUAAAAGGCUGUGAAUUGGCAUAUAGUACUGCAAUUUGGAUGUUAGAAGCAUUACUUGACGGAGAGCCAGGUUAUAACAAUACAGAUGAUACAGAACAAAAGCUUGAUAGCGAAGACAAAGCAAUGGUUGAAAAAUUUAUUGUCAGCAUCGGAAAUAGAUUGUCUGUAUUAAAGAAGAAGUUGGAUUUGAUCUGA